AUGCCUCGCUCUGAAGAUGAAGACCUCAUGGACGACGACGACGUCGAAGUAGAACCAGCUAGUGCUGAAGAACAGAUCGUCACCGAAAAAUUGAUCAACGAGGAAUACAAGACAUGGAAGAAGAAUGCUCCUUUCCUCUACGAUAUAAUUAUGAGCACUGCUCUUGAGUGGCCGACUCUUACGACACAAUGGUUUCCUGACAAGCAAGAACACGACGGCAAAAAUUACUGUACCCAUAGGUUGCUUAUUGGUACUCACACGUCCGGCGAGCGGGCGAACUACCUACAAAUUGCCGAUGUCCAGCUCCCAAAACCGAUGGGUGACAUCGACCCUAAGGAUUACGAUGAAACCCGAGAGGAAAUUGGAGGCUAUACCGGUAGCGACGAGGCUAGAUUCGCGAUCAAACAGCGAAUUCUCCAUGAAGGCGAAGUCAACAAGGCUCGAUACAUGCCCCAAAAGCCCGACGUUAUCGCAACCAUGUCGGUUUCUGGCAAUGUCUACGUUUUCGACAGAACCAAACAUGAGCUCGAGAGUAUCAAGUUUAAGCCACAGAUACAAUUGCAAGGUCAUGAAAAGGAAGGUUACGGCCUGGACUGGAGCCCUAAAAUCGAGGGACACCUGCUCACUGGAUCCGAAGAUAAGACCAUAUGCCAGUGGGAUAUCACCUCAUACUCCCGCGGCAACACCACGAUUCGGCCUGUCAAGACUUACAAUCUCCAUCAAUCUAUUGUCAACGAUGUCCGCUGGCACCCAACCCAUUCAACUUUAUUCGGAUCAGUAUCUGACGACCGUACAUUAAAAGUUACUGACACUCGUACCGGCACAGCAGGCCACAGCGUUGUCGCUCACACAGACGCCGUGAACAGUCUUGCCUUCCAUCCAGUAAGCCAAUAUACUAUUGCUACAGGUUCAGCCGAUAAAACAGUCGCCCUGUGGGACCUGCGAAACUUCAAGCAUCAACUCCACGCACUCGAUGGUCAUCAAGGAGACGUCCUAAACUUGCAAUGGCAUCCACAAGAUGAGCCGAUUUUGGCCAGCAGCAGUACCGAUCGCAGAAUAAUCUUCUGGGAUCUUACUAAAAUUGGAGAAGAGCAAACCCCCGAGGACCAGGAAGAUGGACCACCUGAGUUGUUAUUCAUGCACGGUGGUCACACAAAUCGUGUCUCGGAUUUUGCCUGGAACCCCCAUGACCCAUGGGUUAUGGCUUCCGCCGCCGAGGACAAUCUACUCCAGAUCUGGCGGGUGGCUGGUGCUAUCGUUGGCAAGGAUGAUGAAGAGAUUCCCGAGGAGGAAUUGAUGUGA